AUGGAUCAUCAUCCCAAACCAUACAAAUUGUCUUACCCGAAUAAAGGCAGUGAGGUGACGGUAGAAAAACGGUGCUUAGUGUCUUUUUCGAUUGGAAAAAAAUAUUUUGAUAAUGCCUGGUGUGAUGUUGUGUUAAUGGACGCGUGUUAUGUUUUGUUGGGACGACCUUGGCAGUAUGAUCGCAACGUUAUCCAUGAUGGGUGGAAGAAUACUUAUUCUCUUAGCAUCAAAGGGAAUAAAAUUAUUUUGGCACAUCGCAAGGAAGAAGACAUCCCUGCCCCGGUAGUUAAUAACAUCAAUCUACUUUCUAUGUUCAGGUUCUUGGUUGAGGUUGGGCGUGAAAAAAUAGUUUAUGCUUUAAUGCCUCGUGAAAAUAGUGCAACGAAUGUGGAUUCAAAAGUAUCAGCAGAAGUGCAGCAACUACUGAUGGAGUUUUCUGACUUGAUGCCGAAGGAUCUUCCUCCAGGAUUACCACCUAUGAGGGACAUUCAACAUCAGAUCGACCUUAUUCUAGGGUCAAGUCUACCAAACCGACUAGCAUAUCACCUUAAUCCCAAGGAAGCUGAAGAGUUGCAGCGACAGAUAGUUGUCAUGUUAAGCGAUGGAGGAUCCGAGUCGAGUGAUGCUGAUUUGUCAGAUAACACGAUGAUGGUGCUGAGAUACCAUGAGAUGGCGGAUCGGCACAAAGAUGGGAAGUGA